GAGGCUUUACUAUUUAAUAGGCGGGUUUCCGUAAGAAAUACAUGCAAACUAGAAGUGGUGCUGGCAAGUAGAGGAAGCGAGGGUAGUAGAGAAGGCGCUCCCUCACCCGAUUGCCACCAAAUAUCCAAGGAAGCGCACGGACGUGCGUGGGAAGCACAGCUAGUGCUGGUGCGCAUCGCAGGUACAACUGCGGAAUCCACUCGUACUCCGGUAGAGAGCUGCAGAGCGUGAGCGAGAAGAGGGGCAAAAGAAGGAGUAGGAGGAGAAGAAGAGGCGGAAUUUGCACUCUCGAAAUACCUUCGGAUAAAACUGAAGAGAUCCUGUGCAGCAACAGCAGGACGUGAGGGAGGCAUCGGUGUGAAGAAGGGACGGGAGUUGCGCCUUCCUUAGUUGCGCUUUCAGCCUCCUCCGGACAGCCACAACCCAGCAGAAAUAAGCAGCGCGGAAAACAGCCGGAGAUCUGUCGUGCGUGUCCUAUAUGUGUGGAGAUGGAGAACCCACAUACCAAGUCGACAUCCGAAGUUCUCGAUUUCUUCGGGGUAAAUGAAAACCAUGGGCUGUCACCUGAGCAGGUCAAGCGGCAACUGGAGAAAUUCGGUCCAAACGAGCUGCCAGCAGAAGAAGGAAAGUCUCUAUGGGAGCUUGUGGUUGAGCAGUUUGAAGACUUGCUGGUGCGGAUUCUUCUCCUUGCAGCAUGUGUUUCAUUUGUCUUGGCUUUGUUUGAAGAAGGUGAGGAGAGCACAACUGCUUUUGUGGAGCCUAUUGUCAUUCUGCUUAUUCUCAUAGCAAAUGCUGUCAUUGGUGUGUGGCAGGAACGUAAUGCAGAGAAUGCCAUUGAAGCACUGAAAGAAUAUGAGCCAGAAAUGGGAAAGGUCUUCCGCAUGGACCGCAAAGCUGUCCAGAGGAUCAAAGCCAAGGACAUUGUGCCAGGGGACAUCGUAGAAGUUGCAGUGGGUGAUAAGGUCCCAGCUGAUAUCCGAAUUACGUCUAUCAAGUCUACCACACUGCGUGUGGAUCAGUCCAUACUCACAGGUGAAUCAGUCUCAGUAAUUAAACACACAGACCCAGUUCCUGAUCCCAGAGCUGUCAAUCAAGAUAAGAAAAACAUGUUGUUCUCAGGUACCAACAUUGCAGCUGGGAAGGCUAUUGGGGUAGUGGUAGCAACAGGAGUUUCAACAGAGAUUGGCAAAAUCCGCAACCAGAUGGCUAGUACAGAGCAGGAGAAGACACCGCUACAGCAGAAACUUGAUGAGUUUGGGGAGCAGUUAUCGAAGGUCAUCUCUUUAAUCUGUGUGGCUGUUUGGGUCAUUAACAUUGGCCACUUCAAUGAUCCUGUUCAUGGAGGCUCGUGGAUUCGUGGUGCCAUCUAUUACUUUAAGAUCGCCGUUGCAUUGGCAGUUGCUGCCAUCCCAGAAGGGCUACCAGCUGUCAUCACAACUUGCUUGGCUUUGGGCACACGUAGAAUGGCUAAGAAGAAUGCCAUUGUCCGAAGUCUGCCAUCUGUGGAGACUCUUGGAUGUACCUCGGUCAUUUGCUCCGACAAGACCGGGACCCUCACAACAAAUCAGAUGUCUGUAUGCAGAAUGUUUGUUGUGAACAAAGCAGAUGGUACAACUUGCAGCCUACAUGAAUUCACCAUUACUGGAUCCACCUAUGCACCUGAAGGACAAGUGAUGCAGGGAGACCGGGUGGUAUGCUGUGGAGAUUACGAUGGUCUUGUGGAGCUUGCGACAAUCUGCAGCCUGUGUAAUGACUCGUCACUGGAUUUUAAUGAGGCCAAAGGAGUUUAUGAGAAGGUUGGUGAAGCCACUGAAACUGCUUUGACCACACUGGUGGAGAAGAUGAACGUUUUUGGAACAGACCUCAGCAGUCUUUCAAAAGUAGAGCGAGCUGGUGCCUGCAAUGCUGUGAUCAGGCAGUUGAUGAAGAAGGACUUUACUCUGGAGUUCUCUCGGGACAGGAAAUCCAUGUCUGUAUAUUGCACCCCGUCUAAACCUGGCUCAGGGAGCAAGAUGUUUGUGAAGGGUGCCCCUGAAAGUGUGAUUGAGCGCUGCAACUACCUCCGAAUAGGAAACAACAAAGUCGCACUGACUGAUUCACUUCGGGAGCAGCUGAUGGGAGUGAUCAAGGACUGGGGGACCGGGUCAGACACCCUGCGUUGCCUCGCCCUUGCUACCCGUGAUAUUCCACCCAAGAAAGAGGACAUGGAUCUUGAGAACUCAGCCAAGUUUGCCCAGUAUGAGACCAAUUUAACUUUUGUGGGCUGUGUGGGCAUGCUGGAUCCUCCACGCAAGGAAGUAAUGGGGUCCAUAUCACUGUGUGCUAAAUCUGGCAUCCGCGUCAUUAUGAUUACUGGAGACAACAAGGGAACUGCUGUAGCAAUCUGUCGGCGCAUAGGAAUUUUCACAGAGAAUGGGGAUGUAACUGGGAAGGCCUACACUGGACGUGAGUUUGAUGACUUGUCUCCAGAGAUGCAGAAAGAAGCCUGCAAAUACGCUCGCUGCUUUGCACGUGUCGAGCCAGCACAUAAAUCAAAGAUCAUAGAGUAUCUACAGUCGUUUGAUGAAAUUACAGCCAUGACCGGAGAUGGUGUAAACGAUGCCCCAGCGCUGAAGAAAGCUGAGAUUGGAAUUGCCAUGGGCUCAGGAACAGCAGUGGCCAAAUCAGCUUCUGAGAUGGUGCUAUCUGAUGAUAACUUCUCCACCAUUGUGGCAGCAGUGGAGGAAGGCAGGGCUAUCUACAACAACAUGAAACAGUUCAUCCGCUAUCUUAUCUCAUCCAACGUUGGUGAAGUGGUUUGUAUCUUCAUGACGGCGAUUCUUGGCCUUCCGGAAGCUCUCAUUCCUGUCCAGCUGCUAUGGGUGAACCUUGUGACAGAUGGCCUCCCUGCCACAGCCCUGGGUUUUAAUCCUCCUGACUUGGACAUCAUGAACAAGCCACCUCGCAAUCCUAAGGAGCCUCUCAUUAGUGGAUGGCUUUUCUUUCGCUACCUAGCCAUUGGAGGAUAUGUUGGCUUAGGAACUGUUGGCGCAGCUAUGUGGUGGUUCUUAUUUGAUGAAGAAGGACCACAGGUCUCCUUCUACCAGCUGAGACAGUUCAUGCAGUGCACAGAGGACAACCCAGUGUUUGCAGGAAUUGAUUGUGAGAUCUUCGAAUCACGCUAUCCAACGACUAUGGCCCUGUCAGUUCUGGUCACAAUAGAGAUGUUUAAUGCUCUCAAUAGCUUAUCUGAGAAUCAAUCCCUGCUGAGAAUGCCACCAUGGGUGAACUUUUGGUUGCUGGGGGCCAUCAUCCUGUCAAUGUCUCUGCACUUCCUCAUCCUCUACAUUGAACCACUACCUCUAAUAUUCCAGGUGACACCCCUGAGCUGGCCCCAGUGGGUUAUGGUGUUGAAGCUCUCCUUUCCUGUCAUCCUGCUUGAUGAAGGUCUUAAGUAUAUCUCCCGUCACUAUCUGGAAGAAGAAGAAGAUAAGAAGUACAUCCAGAGGAGGCAGCUCAAGUUCUGACCAUGUGAACCUUUACUUGAUAAAGCUGACGUCUUGCUUGAUCGACCACCCGUAACAGCCAGCAAGACCUGCAUGGAUUAGAUCAUGCAUCGUUGGAUAACAGACGGACUGCACAAUUUACUGAUGACUUGUAGCUUUUUUUUCUGUACAUAUUAGUGCAAUAACUGGACCAGAGUGUAGACAAGAGUGAGGGCCAAGAGCGAGAGUCAAAACUGUGCAUUGGGAGACAGACUCACUAACAGAAAAUCCAUUUUUUGGGCCUCCAUCUGCCAACAUCAUGGAGCACAGAAAUUUCUGAUGGGGAGUUUACAGGACAGGGAAAGAGGCCGUAAUGAGUUAGAUAGAAAUCUGCCUAAAAAAUCAUGUCUGCCUUCAGUGUGUCUCGCUCUGCUUUGGUUUUGUUCCCUCGGCUGCUGGUGGGGGACUGAAAACUUGUCUUCUUGCCUCUCUUUGUGUUCCAGUUGCAAGUUUGUUCAAAAUCUUUUUGAAGAAAACGAAGUGAAAUAUAUUAUGGGGAGCUGUGGGAAUACCUGCUUACUUAAAUGUGGCAUUGCGGGGGGGAUAAAAAAAACAAAAAAAACCAAAAAGAAGCUUAUUAAUCCUCCAAUGAUCUCUUGCAAGAUGGUCUGGCUUCAGUUUUGGAGUCUGUGUCCUUCCUAAGUCUUUUACAGACAAUGUUUGCCAUGCCUGCUGUGACCUCUGUAUGCCAAUGGUUAAAACUUGAUCCUGACAUUUUAUUGUUUAAUUCACUUUGAUCUGUAAAAGGAUGUUAUUAUUAAAGGGAACUUUUUAAAGGGCUGAACAUGCAGAAGCCUGUUGCCAUGCUACCAUUUGUAUUCAUUGUUAAUGGACCACAGUCAACAGAGCGCUUUCUUUUCACAUGGUUGCCUAAAAAGAUUGUGGCCAUUUUUGUUUUUAAUUUGUUUUGGUGCUUUCAGAUUCCACAAGGCAUGACACUUUGGUGACGUUGUGCCUCUUAGUUAAUACCAGUUUGUCCCAGUAAACUCAAGAUGAGAGGCACCUCACCAAAAGGAAUGUAAAAACCCAGCUUUGGAAGGGUAACCUUGUAGAAGAAGGUUUUUGUUUCAUUUUGGUUCAGAAAGGCAGCUGUAGCUUGUAUGUUGAGUGCCUGACUUGGCGUUUCAGGAGAGCAGGCAAUGCACAAGCAGUAGACAUGGUGAGCAUUAAUUAUUGUUCAACAAUACGGCCAAAGAUGCUGCUUUGUGUGCAUACACGUCCUAGACAAAAGUCACUAAUAAUGGAGAAUCAUUUCUGUUGACAGCAGUUUACAUUAAAGGUCACCCUCAUUUUGGUCUUCAGGAUAAUAUAAAUAUAAAAACAUUUUUGUCCAAAACCUUGAACAGGAACACACAUAGAGUUUUUAAAAUGUAUUCUAAGGAGAAUAGAGUGACUGUAAACUGGUAACCUUACUAGUAAUGAGUGCCAUCUAGGAGCGGGCGAGUCCUCUGCUCGGGUCCCCAGCCUGUUGACUAUCUGUGACUGUCUGGUGAGUCCUUCUACAGGUCCUUCGGGUCCCUAACACAUCCCAAAGAUCUACAGGCUUUAAGAAGUGACAACCCCAUUUCAUUAAGCAUCAGAAGUUACAAAAAUAAUUUUUUUUAAACAUUGCAGACAGACGCGCCUGGUUUGGGUAAAUCCAAGAACUCAAAUUAUUGUUACAGAAGGAUACAUUUCACCAUGAAAUCUGCUGUUUCUUUUUAUUCGCUUUGCUUUGCUUACACAAACAAUGCAGUACCUCUUUCAGCCACAUGAUGCCAGCAUAAUUCUACAAAAAUCAGUUCCGGUUUUAGGAGAAGUGAAACAUUAUAAAAUUUAAACUUUUAUAUAGAAAAACAAAUUUUAUCAUUUUUUUGCCUGGAAAACAUUAAACGGAUGCAUAUUUUUACAUGAAAAAGAUGGUCAAAGGGCAAAUUAUUAAAUGCUUUUAAAGGUUUCCAUUUUUGAAUGGGAAUGCUGUUUUUAAAGUGAUAAGAGUUUGAAUGUUAUGUUAAUUGGAGCUGUUUAACUGUUUUUUAGUCUUGUCUUGCCAUUACAAUGUUUGGACAAUUGAAUGUUAUAAUGAGUUGUCAUCGCUUCAGCUCAGAUCUUUUAUUCUCUAGUUUCAUUAACAUUCCAAGACUUAAUGUUUGUAAAAAAAAAAAAAAAAAAGUCUUAACAGCCAAUUCGAGUUACCCACACACAAGCUGAAUCAGAUUUCAUGCGUCAAGCCAGGCCAUUUCAACGGUGUUGUCCCAAGAGGGAAAGGCAGCUUUGCCCUCCUCCUCAUUUCCUGAGUUUUGUAAAUUGGCUACUUUUUAAAGAACAGUUUUUACAGAUCUUAAAGAGUUUACAGAUCUUUACGAGUAAUACAAAUAUUCAGUCUUUUCCUGGGCAAGGUUGAAUGGUCCUGACAGUUUAAAUCUGUUAAUUGAAUUGGCCCCAGCCAGUCGCACCUUAAAUUGGAUUAUAUGAAUAUAUUUUUUAUUACACUGGAUAGAUAGGAAGGCAAUGUAAAUUAAGAUUUUUUUUUCCAAAUAAAAUGAUCAUAUUGGUCUUUACCAUUUGCUAGUUUAGGGGAAACAAGAAAAAAAUUCAUUCUUUAAUAUCUUUAUAAUAGCUGAUUGGCCGGCAUGUGGGCAGUUAGUACAAGUUGACUAUAAAAUACAGGAAGCAUUUUAGAAAAUUAAAGUUAUGUAUAUAUUAAAGAAAAUAUCAGCAAUUUUGUAUAUAAAGUAUACAAGAAAGCGAAACAUUUUUUCUUUAAUUUCAUAAAUGUCUAGGUGAGCACUAAUCACAGUCUGGCAUCAAAGUUUCUCAGAAUGCUGUGGUGACUGCUGCCAGUUCAGCCAUUCUCAGCGUGGCGUACUCCCUGGCUUUUCUCAGAGUAGAUGAAGUUUUUCAGAUCGAGAGAUUCAGUCGUGUUAAUUCCUGAACGCCAUCUGCAUUACACAUGCACUUCAAGUCAAAAUCAACAGUAAAUUGUUUCACUGAUUGGCUUGUGCACAUAUGCAGCUUCUGGUGACAUCUCCUAAUUCAGAUUGUGCCUCUACAUUUACAUGCAACAAUUAGGUAUUUAUUAAGUAUUUAUUAUACAUAUUGAAAAAAUUGAGAGAUGUAGGCUAAUAAAAGCAUCCCAGUAAACAAAGUAAUAGCCAGUUAUGAAAACUCAUUGAAAUCCUUCUUGAAUUCUUUAUAAAAAUAAGAAAUGCUGUGUAAUGUAAAAAGGUGGAAUGCUCACAAAUAAUUUCCUGCUGCUGGAUUACAGACUUUCAGGCAUUUCCAACCUGAUUAAAAAAAAAAACUGUUUGUGUAAUUACAAACAAAUCUCCGUCAGUAUGUGAAGCCAAAUAUAGUUUUGCUAUCUUUUGAACAUGCCAUAAUUAGCCACCUCGAUAUAAACUGUCAGCUUUGUGGAUCACUGAGAAAAAGACUUAGGAUGAAUUGAGCGUUUCUGUGUAAUUAAUCUUGCUGUCUGAUUGUAUUUUUCCUCCAUUACAGUAAAUGAUUGCAAACUGCUCUUGUUCUCUUCUGCUGAAUUCCUCUAAUUCAUCCUCUAGGGUCACUGGCCUUGUGGGAAUGUAUAGCUUUGAUUUUUACUACUGAUCUGCUCAACUGUACAGAAAAAAGAAACUGCAUGGAACACUUGGACUGUAAGAUACAGUAUCAUAUUUAAGAUUUUUUUUGUUUUGUUUUUUAAAUGUUUGCUUGGGGAAAAAAAUCUUUUGUCAAGGUAAAUGAUCACUCAAAGGAAUAUUUACAAAUUUAAUUGUAUUGAAAAAACACAGAUUUGGAGAUUUCCAUUCUAGAAUAGAAGGGUUAUUGUUUUUUUCAUUACUUUUUACUGGUUAUUGGGAAUGUGUGGCUUUU